CUCUGGCGCAGGGACGGGUUUCGCCGUAAGGAGGUUUUCAUCGUGGUUCUAGGAACAAGAUGGGGAAAAGAAGAGACCCGAUGUUGGUACUUGCUGUCUUAGCGGUGUUAACUACAGGCUGCCUGUGCAGUAACCCCGUGAUCCUGACUAAUAACGGCUACAGCACGGUUCUGGUGGCGAUCUCUGAGAAGGUGCCGGAGCCAGAGAACCUGGACCUCGUACAGAACAUCCUCACGGCGUUCACUGAUGCCUCGGAGUACCUGCACCAGGCUAGUAAGAACAGGGCUUACUUUAAGGACGUGACGGUGCUGAUUCCGCAGACCUGGAAGGACAAGACCGUCUACGAAGACGCGACGUUCGAGACGUUCGAGAAGGCGAACAUCAGGGUGGACCUGCCGACUGCACACAGAGGACACCGGCCGUUCACGCGUACCUACGGGAAGUGCGGUAUGAUUGGUGCGUUUACUCACGUGACUCCGGUGAGCCUCGGCCUGUCCACAGCAGGAAGAACACUGGUGCACCACUGGGCACAUUACAGAUGGGGAGUGUUUGACGAGUUCGCCACACGGAAGACCAACCUGUUCUACCAGAACCGUGACGGGAGCCACAGCCCGACCGUCUGCACGGCGGGAAUCCCGGCCAAGUUUGUGGACGAGCGCAGUGAGGUGUGUCAGCCUGGGGACGAGAGGACCCGCGUCUGUCACUACGAGUUUGAGUCCGGCACGUCGGCCCAGGCCUCCGUUAUGUUCCACCCGGAGUUACCCACGGUGACAGCCUUCUGUGACAGCGACCCGUCCAGCCCAAACUACCACAACUUCCACGCCCUCGGCUCCGACCAGAACCAGUUCUGUAACUUCCGGUCUACCUGGGACGUCAUUUCCAGUUCAGAUGACUUUUCAGGGAACAACAACCCACCAAGAACAGUUUACGAUACUACUCCAAACUUUAAGCUAGUGUACUACCGUCAGUAUGCAGAGCGUGUAUCCCUGGUGCUGGAUGUGUCGGGCAGUAUUGACGUUGGGACCCUCCUGCCCAGGCUCAACCAGGAGGCCAGCAAAUAUAUCAACAGUUUUGCUGAUGGUUCGAUGGUGGGCCUGAUCACGUUCAGUGAGACAGCAACUGUACAACAUGCCCUGACUGAGAUCACAGCCGACUCACACAGACAGAGUCUCAUCAAUGCACUGCCAAGUGACACAUACGGGGCCACUAGCAUCGGGGCAGGCAUACAAGCAGGCCUGACAAUGUUGAAGCCGACCGGCCCGGGAGGAACCAUUGUCCUGAUGACAGAUGGACAGGAGAACACAGAACCCAUGAUCCAGGAUGUCUGGCCUUCCGUACUGCAGCAGAAAGUCACACUCAUUACCAUAGCAAUAGGUGAAUAUGCGGACAUGAGUCUAGAAGACCUGGCCUCGCAGACCAGCGGUCUGAGUUUCUACGACACAGAAGACGCGGCACACCUGUCAGAGAUCUUCACAGCCAUCAGUACGCAGGACUCUGAUGUCAUCCAGGUGUCCUCGGGGUCUGUGGAUGUGACGAGGACAGGAGAGACGCACACUGGGACAUGCCGGAUUGACUCGACUGUUGGGAACAACACCAUCUUUCAGUUCACUUAUGUCUGCCAGGACAUGUCCAGCCUCCCAGCCUCCCCAGUUAUCCUGUACGCCCCAGAUGGGACACAGUACGACAGCACGUCACCAGGGUUAUUAUAUGUCAUAGACACUACAGCCGGAACUGUACAGAUCACCAUUCCUGGCACUGCUCAGGCUGGUUUGUGGAGUUACAGUGUCACAGCUGGCACCACAGCCCCCUGUAUAUCUCAAACCUUGGGAAUCCCCAACAUCAGUCCUGCCAUUCAAACCUCUGUCACAACCAGACCAUCCAGCGACCAACCCCCCGUCGAAUGCACCGGAACCCUGGCUCACACGGUCAUGAACUUCCGGGUGGAGGGUCAGAGGGUGCAGUCGUUUUACCUGGUGGUGCAGAGGGACUAUGUCUGUGGACUGAACGCUGAUGUCACCGUGUUCAUCACUGAACCCACAGGACAGGAGGUCUCGCUAAACAUGUCUGACAAUGGAAUAGGUGCAGACAUGCUUGCCAAUGAUGGCAUCUACUCCACCUACUUCUCUGGCAUCACCCAGAACGGCCGCUACAACGUGAGGGUGCAGGUUAGCGGCAGAGUUCUCAUCGAUGGGAACUGUCUCGCCGGCGUCGGAGAGAGCUGGGACCCCUUCAGCGGCACCACAUCAUCAUCAUCUGAUGACGAGUACUAUGUGGAGAUUGAUCGCGUGGUGUCGCUGGGGUCAUUCCAGGUCACAAAUUUAAUUCCGAUGGAGGAUUACUUCCCACCUUCCCGAGUGACUGAUGUGCAGGUAGACACCUCCGCAGGUGGGCAGGAUACAGUGGUUCUGCAGUGGACUGCACCUGGUGGGGACUUGGACAAUGGGCAAGCCUCCCACUAUGAAGUAGCAGUGUCCAACAACAUCACCACCUUACUCCAGGAUUUUGACAGUGCCGUGUCAGUCCAGCCUCAGCACUGUACAGACCAGGCAGACUGUGUUCUCACCAACCCUUCAGGCAGUGGGGCUCAGGAGCAGCUGGUCUUCACCAUACCAGAUGAGUUUUCAGGUGAGACUGUGUACAUUGCUCUGAGAGGAGUGGAUGAGAUGGGAAACAUGGGAGAAAUCUCCAACAUUGUGUCCUACAAUGUUGGCAACAGAGCAAAAGGCCCAGACAUAGUGAUUACAGUGGUGACAGUGUUUGCAGUAGUGGUGAUCCUGGUUACCUGCAUUGUUGGAGCCAUUCUGUGGAAGAAGGGGAAGCUGAAAAGACCACCGAGCGCUGCCAAGACCAGACCUACACAGUCUGUACGCAGGAGGCCAGAUGUGGAGAGAGGGGAGGGUGUCAUCAGGGCAACCUUCAACACAACCCGAGUCCCCCUCCCCCCCAUCGCAACCUGCACAGUGGACCGGUCCGUCCUCUUCCAGGCAACAAAAGACACAGAGGAGGACCUGGAAGAGUCCAAGCUGGCGUCCCACAAGAGGGGGGAGGAUGUAGUAAGGGCAAACUUAAACACCCACCAGGCCCGACUUCCACCUAUUACAACUCCUGCGAAGGGUGCGGCGGCCAUGUUUGUAGCUCAGAAGGACGUGGAGGAGGAUUUGGGCCCAUCAGAGACGGCUUCUAAAUCUCAGGAGCGGGACGAGACAAAAGUGGUGGCAACUUCGGCCAAACAGGAAGGGGACAAGACCAGCACCCAGCUGGCAGACAACCACAGAGCCCUGCUACAGGAGGACCAACAGGAGGAUCUGGACUUGUGUACCCAGGCUGCUCAGAGUGCAGAAAGGGACGAGGGAACCAUGAGGACUGGGGGGAAUCAGAUGUCAGACCAGGAAUCAUCUGUCCAUUCACCCAACCUCCAACCCCCUCCUUACGAAGAGCUGUUCCAUGAUGGCCAAGAGGAGGAGAUGAACAUUGUGGAUGAAGAGGAGAAGAAACGACAGGAAGAAGAGAAGGCAAGACUGCAGGAAGAGGCAAAGAAGAAGGAGGAGGAGAAGAGAAAGAAGAAGAAAAGAAAGGAAGAGAGGAGGAGGAAGAAGGAGGAGAAGCGCAGGAAGGAAGAAGAGGACCGGAGAAAGGCUGAGGAGGAGCAAGCGAGAAGGUCUGAAGAGGAACGAAGGAGGUUGGAGGAAGCAGAAAGGAAAAGUGCUCAAGACAGACUGGGAGUGGAGACCCCAAUCCUGGACAGACUGGACCCUGCCAUACAGCAGCAUGACUCCGUGCAGCUGGAGGCCUCCAUCAGUGACUACUACAGCGCCGGCCUGACCGACGACACCGGGCUGCUACUGGAGACAGAGGAGCUGCUGGCUGCACUACAAGCACAGAAAGAGCUGACGGCAGCCAUGCAGAAGCGAGACUGCAAACAGCUGGAUGAGACCAUCAUCGCUGCGGAACAUGCCGUCAGCAUGUCUGGCAAAACUGCCCUUCAGCCUAUCAAGGCUGUGAGGAAGGACCUGCUGACCAGCAGGAGGAUGGAGAUGAAGAGGAGAGCUGCGGAGGAGAAGCGAGGCGUGGUCCAGGAGCUGGGACACCAGAUCCUCGACGCAGACAAAGUCAGGAGGCUGGAGAAUCUAAGGCAUGAGGUAUUGCAGAUGAACCAGUCGACAAUCUCUGAGAUCAAAACCUACAACAGCCCUCCAAAGCUGGUGCACCAAGUGAUGGUUGCCACCUAUCUGCUGCUGGGGGUGAACGAGUCGGAAACACAGAACUGGAAGGACCUUCAGGCCCUGAUGGGUAAGACGAACCGUGAGGGACUGAAGCGGAGAGUGAUGAGACACAAUCCUGACAGGACCCAGCUGAAGGCCGCCAUGAGAGCCAAGCAGCUGCUGGGGGACUUCACUGUGGAACAGAUACAGGACAUCAGCGCAGGGGCGGCUACUUUCUUUGUCUGGGCCAAGGGGGUGAUUCAGGAAGUGACUGACAGACAUGAGAAGGUGCUGGUGUGACCUGUCUGCCAAGUGUGGCCCAAUGUGAAGUUCAACUUCUAGCGUUACAAAUUACCUUCAAAAGGAACUUGACUAUCUGUAUAUGCAUACUUAAAAAUUCAAGAGUAUAGUUUGUAUUUUUCUACAGAGUGUAUAGUUUGUGUUCAAGAGUGAAAAUAUAUGUUACAGUAAGUUAUUGUAAGUCUGCUGUGUGUGUUUUAAGUUAUUGAUGUGGAAACCUGUUAUAGUUCAUGACCUAUCCAUGUUGCUGUUUGAAUUUUUUCUCACCAUAUAUUCAAACUAUUUUUAUACCAGCUUUAUGGUAACCACUACAAUUGUGCUGUGAGUACUGUACAGGCUCUAAUAAAUUAUAAAGCUCAAUAAACUGAAUGUGAGAACUUACUGCUGUCUAAUGAGUUUAGUAUGAAAUAAGGCGAAACCCCUUCAACUUCUAUCCCAUUGCUUAUCUAGACAUCAGAGGGUGUCAGUCCAUUAUCACGUCUAUUGUUGAAGCCAAACUCUUCACUCAAAAAGUAAUCCCUCAAACAGUUGCUCGUUCUUAGAAUGCUUGUUGUAACCUGUUAUUCUGAUACCUAACUGUAUAUGACACAUCCACGUCCAAAAAUGCUGCAAACCGAUCAUUUGAGGCUUUCUGUAAACUGAUCAUUUGAGGAUUGUGACUUGGCCGUUGAGGGUCAAACAUCUUCCAAGGUUCAAGAAAUAAAUAAAAGACAAAUCAAAGAUACAUACAGAUACAUACAUGUAAAAGCCAUCUUUAUUACAAUAAAAACAAGCCAAGGCAACAGAAGUGGCAGCUUUUACACAUUAACUCGUGUUAGCAUCCCUACAAACUUCUCUCGACUGUGUUACAUAAAAGCGCCCCCCUCCCCACGAUGGCAUAGACCCUAAGUAUAAAAUACAGCAAAAGGAAGCAAAUAUAAAGAGACAAACGGAUAUCAGCUACGAAGAAUAAAGAAGGGGGUAUAGCUAAGACAGGCCGCUACGUAGAUUGUGUAAAAAGUUUCCAACAUUUGAAGCAAGGCUAGGGGGUCUUGUGUGGUUGCGAUAGCAAUAAGUCGGCAGAAAAUCUGGUGUGUUAAGGAGUCUUUUCAAACCUGUCUGCUAUGGGGUUUAAGUCUUUAGUAUUUCAGUGUAGAGAUUACAAGUCGUACUUAGUGCUGCUAUACUGGGCCGGUACACUGCCCCUAAGAAACACAACGUCUAGCUACGAAAUUAAACAUACAACUAACAACGUCUUAGUUAUAUCGUCAAUCCAACGGAAAAAAUGGAAUGCAACUAGAAAUACAUAAAAUUCCAAAGCCAUAGUAAGUAAUAACACGUGGAAUAGCUCUUCCCAGAACUCAACUGGGGUACAGUAGUCACUUCUGCCUUGUUUUCUUCAUCUUUUUUUGUGGAUGCUACGACGCUACACACUUCUGAUAUGGAAUCUUUUAGACGUAUUUGACUCAGCCGUCUGGUAUCUAUGUACAGUAAGUAAUAUUUGUGAUCUAAAAGGGACGUCAUGAGUUGCUAAAAUGAUUCAAAAAUACAGUAGAAUUCAC